AUGGAUAAUGCAGCUGCUAAUAAGUGUGCUCUUGAGUUUGUUAGGUCCAAACUUGACAAAAGGGAAAACUCAGAAUCAAUCUUAGAGGGAAAGUUCAUGCAUGUUAGGUGUACUGCUCAUAUUUGUAACUUGAUUGUUGGAAGUGGGUUGAAGAGGCUGAAUAGGGCAGUGCUAGCCAUUAGAAAUGCUGUAAAGUUUGUUAGGUCUUCCACAUCAAGGCUAGAUAGUUUUAAGGCAUGUGUAGCAAAGGAACAAGUCCCUUGCAAAGGCUUGGUGGUUAUGGAUGUUCCCACAAGGUGGAAUUCAACAUUCUUAAUGUUGGAAGCUGCCUUGAAGUUCAAAAAAGCCUUUGGAAGGAUGCUAGAGGAUGAUGACAGUGGCUUUGCUGCAUAUUUCAAGGAGCCUGAGGAAGAGUAUGAUGAGGAAGGGAAUGUGGUUCCAGUAAAAGGCAAUAGAAAUAGAGUUGGGCCACCGACAGAUGAAGAAUGGGAUAAGGCAGAGGUGUUUGUGCAUUUUCUGAGGGUUUUUUAUGAAAUUACUUUGAGGGUCAGUGCAAGUAAUCAUCCCACAAUCCAUACUACUUUCCAUGAUGUGUUGUCCAUGGAAACUGAGAUCAACAAGCUGUUUAUUGCACCUGAAAUGCAGACAGGGAGUGAAACUGAGAAAGUGAAAGUGUUGACUGAUAUGGCAGGACACAUGAGUUCCAAAUUUCUCAAAUAUUAUGGUAGCUUCAAGGAUCUAAAUCCUUUGGUGUUUAUGGGGCUUGUGCUUGAUCCGAGAUUCAAGCUACUUAAUAUCACUCAUUUGUUGAAAAAAGAGGGGUAUGAUAAUGACAUUGUGGAAGCAAAAGGCAAGGAGAUAAGGGAUGUGUUGAUGUCAUUGUAUGAAGCUUAUGCACCAAAGGAUGCCCCUGCAAAGAAAAGGGAGGUUUUAUCUUCAAGUUCACAAAGCACAGGAACAAGCACCGGUAGUAGAGGAAGAGCAUCAAUCUUGAGUGAUUGGAGAAAAGUUGUUUCAGAACUUGAUGAGCACGUGGUUGCACAUGAAGUGGACAAAUUUUCCAAUUUUGUUAAGGUGGAAGCUGAAUGGACCUAA